ACGUGACAGGUUGGCGGCGCUGGCGGUUGCUGUCAGCUGAUUCUUCGGGGUGGUAGCAGCGGCAGCCGCGGCGAUGGACUUUCUCCUGGGGAACCCGUUCAGCUCUCCGGUGGGACAGCGCAUCGAGAAAGCUACCGAUGGCUCCCUGCAGAGCGAGGACUGGGCCCUCAACAUGGAGAUCUGUGACAUCAUCAACGAGACUGAGGAAGGCCCCAAGGAUGCCUUCCGAGCAGUGAAAAAGAGAAUCGUGGGCAAUAAGAACUUCCACGAAGUGAUGCUGGCUCUCACGGUCCUGGAAACCUGCGUCAAGAACUGUGGGCACCGCUUCCACGUGCUGGUGGCCAGCCAGGACUUCGUGGAGGGCGUGCUGGUGCGCACCAUCCUGCCCAAGAACAAUCCCCCCACCAUUGUGCACGACAAGGUGCUCAACCUCAUCCAGUCCUGGGCUGACGCGUUCCGCAGCUCGCCCGAUUUGACAGGUGUCGUUGCCGUGUACGAGGACCUGCGCAGGAAGGGCCUGGAGUUUCCCAUGACCGACCUGGACAUGCUAUCGCCCAUCCACACGCCGCAGAGGACCGUGUUCAACUCCGAGUCGCCAUCAGGACAGAGUUCUGCCGGCUCUGAUGCUGGUCAGCGAGGGGACUCGAGCCAGCCCAUGGCCACUCUGCACACCCUGGCUGAACUCCCCGGCGACUCACCCAUAGUGCCCACCCCUGAGCAGAUCGGGAAGCUACGCAGCGAGCUGGAGAUGGUGAGCGGGAACGUGAGGGUGAUGUCGGAGAUGCUGACGGAGCUGGUGCCCACCCAGGCGGAACCCGCAGACCUGGAGCUGCUGCAGGAGCUGAACCGCACGUGCCGAGCCAUGCAGCAGCGGGUCCUGGAGCUCAUCCCCCGGAUCUCCAACGAGCAGCUGACAGAAGAGCUGCUCAUUGUCAACGACAACCUCAACAACGUGUUCCUGCGCCACGAACGAUUUGAGCGGUUCCGAACAGGCCAGACUGCCAAGGCCCCCAGCGAGGCUGAGCCAGCCGCAGACCUGAUCGACAUGGGCCCCGAGCCUGCAGCCACCAGCAGCCUGUCAUCGCAGCUGGCGGGAAUGAACCUGGGCUCCAGCAGCGUGCGGGCCGGCCUGCAGUCUCUGGAGGCCUCGGGCCGGCUGGAGGACGAGUUUGACAUGUUUGCACUGACCCGGGGCAGCUCGCUGGCUGACCAACGGAAAGAGGUAAAAUACGAAGCCCCCCAAGCAACGGACGGGCUGGCGGGAGCCUUGGACGCCCGGCAGCAGAGCACGGCAGCGGAGGGAGACAGCGGUGAGAAGAGCUUCAGUGACUGGAUGGCGAGACAAGGCAUGAUUCCCGUCACCCAGGCCUGCCUCAUGGAAGACAUUGAGCAGUGGCUGUCCACCGACGUGGGGAACGACGCGGAAGAUCCUAAGGGCGUCACCAGUGAAGAGUUUGACAAGUUCCUGGAAGAACGGGCCAAAGCGGCCGACCGGCUGCCCAGCCUCCCCAGCCCUGCAGGCGAGGGGCCCCGGGGUGCCCCUGCUGGCGCAGCCCCCCGGAAGAAGACGCAAGAAAAGGAUGACGACAUGCUGUUUGCCUUAUGAGCGCGGGGUCUGGCACCCUGUGCCCGGGCCUGGCGGGCCUUGCUCCCUCCUUUGGUGUCCUGCUGCUUGGGGUCCCUGAAGACGGGGCUGGCCCGGCUGCGGCUGCGCCGUGCUGCCUGGCGCCCAGGGAGGCAGUGGCAUGGAUCUGGUCAGCUCUGCAGUGGGAUCCUGGCCGGCUCUGCCUCCUCCCCUACCCCGCUGGGCCCUGCUGCCUUCGCUGAGAACUGGGAGACCCCAGGACAGACAGAGCGGCUGCGUGAUGGCACCCGUGGGACUCUGCCCUGGGCCCGUCCCCACUGAGCCCUUGAGAGCCCACACUGCCAGUCAAGGCUGGGGUGGCGACUCUGCUGCAGCCUCGAGUCACUGGCCCCUCCGUGGGGCCCCAGGCUUUAGCGAGCUGUGGGGGGCGGACCUGGUAACCCCUCGCUCUGCUGCUCUCUAUCCAGGUACGAAGCUCAGAAGCUCAGGGUGGGGCAAGACCCCGCCAGCCCAGGCUGCAAGGUGAAGCCUGGGGGCUGCCCGGGACUCUGUGGCCCCACCCCACCCCCACUGCCUCUCCCGGCCUGGCCCAGCCCUUGGCCUUCCUCCGUCCUCCUGUGGCGCCUCUCGUGCUGGGAGAGGUGCCUUUUGUAUCCCCAAUUAAAGGUAGACAACCACC